AAUUAAUGGGUUAAAAGCGGGUGGCCUCGCUUCACCUCAUGCGCGUCACCCGUUACAAGGUGGUCCCACCUUCCAAAACACUGGUGUGGAAAUCACGCUCGUUUGCUAUCAAGCGGAUUGCUGCGCGCACUCGGCCGUUGGACUCAUUUGCUCGCUUCCGCUGUUUGCCGCCGUUUUGUUGAAAGAAAAUAUCUAAUUAAGCUGGGAAACUAUCAUCAUAAUUACGGAGUGUAUAUCACUGAAGGUGGCGGACAGGUGUAACAUAAGUGACCAUGAAAGACCGCACGCAAGAACUUAGACACGGAAAGGAGAAUGAGGAGGAGGAAGAGGUGGCUGUUGGCAUGGACAAAGGUUUCAUGGAUGAAUUCUUUGAACAGGUGGAGGAGAUCCGUGGAUACAUCGAGUCCCUGGCCGAGAAGGUGGAGGAGGUGAAGAGGAAACACAGUGCGAUCCUGGCUGCCCCGAACCCUGAUGAGAAAACCAAGGCCGACCUUGAAGAUUUGAUGACAGACAUCAAGAAGUUAGCCAAUAAAGUCCGCUCUAAACUAAAGAGUAUCCAACAGACCAUUGAGCAGGAGGAGAGCCAAAACAAGUCAUCCGCUGAUCUGAGAAUACGCAAGACCCAGCACUCCACAUUGUCCCGUAAAUUUGUGGAGGUGAUGUCAGAGUACAACGCCACCCAGUCUGACUAUAGAGAGCGCUGCAAAGGACGCAUCCAGAGACAGCUGGAGAUCACUGGGAGGAAUACAACCAAUGAAGAGCUGGAGAGCAUGUUAGAGAGUGACAACCCAGCUAUCUUCACGUCAGGGAUCGUCAUGGACUCCAACAUCACCCAGCAGGCGAUGAAUGAGAUCGAGACGCGGCACACAGAGAUCAUCAAGCUGGAGAACAGCAUCCGCGAGCUGCACGACAUGUUCAUGGAUAUGGCCAUGCUGGUGGAGAGCCAGGGGGAGAUGAUUGAUCGUAUUGAGUACAAUGUGGAGCACUCUGUGGACUACGUGGAGAGGGCUGUGUCAGAUACUAAGAAGGCUGUUAAAUACCAGAGUAAAGCCCGCCGGAAGAAAAUUAUGAUUGUUAUUUGCUGUGUCAUUCUUGGAAUCGUUGUUGCUUCAACGAUCGGAGGUUACCUAGGCAUAGCCUGAGACACAUACCAAUGGUUAUGUCAGGAGCCAAACACACACACACAUACAGGUCCUAAAAGGGUCAAUUUUCCUAAACACAACUUCCCGUGUUCCUCAGCACAAACCUCAUUGUGAUUAACUAAAUGUGCACCGUGUUCAGGACAAGGAUUGUUCCGCAUGAGUUCCUAUUUUGUAAAUGUGUGGUUCUGCAGUGUUUAACUGAGUGUUGUCAAAGAUUUUGAAAUUGUUUCCAAAAUGUAAUUUUGAAUGAUGUAAGAAAAUAAUGCUAUACAUACUAACACAUUCCAAACUUCCUUAUGUUGAGACAGUUUUGAUAAACUGAUAUAGAGUAACAACCCUGGAUGUUACAGUCUACUCUUGCCAUGGUUGUUUGAUAAUCAAUUCAUUGUGGUUACCGGGGAUCUGACCUCUGCCAAAAAGCCCAUUUCUUUCUUGACUGUAAUUUCUUUACUGUCAUCAUAUUGUAGAUGACAAAUGACCAACAUUAUAUUACACAUAUUAAAUAUUUUGUGAUAUGUACUAUAAUAACACAAUAUUAAUAUGAUAAUAUGCAAUAUUAUAUAUUCUGAGAAUGAUUAGGUCCUUCAAGCUAGCCCCGAUUUCUUUUCCCUGGACCUUUUUAUUGGUUCAGUAACCCCUGAUUACACUUGCAUGGUUUGUUUCGAGGUAUGUUGACGUUGUGUGUUAUGUGGAAAACUAAUAUGGUGGUGGAUUUGGUUCUCUGUAAAGAUCGUCCCAUGCAGCGCCUGGCAGGGAGUCAGUGUUUUAGCACCUGGUAUUUUUAUUGUCACUUUCUGUUCUGAAGUCUUAACGCUCAUUUGAACUGUCACCAUCACCAUUUCCCAUCAUGCCUUAGCUACUGUACAAUACUGCCUGCCGAGUCUGAUACGUGUGCGUUUUUAUGUGAAUGUGUGUGUUGGGAAAGAGAAUGAGAGCAUUUGAAUGUCUGAACCCAAAGUUCAUUUAACUGAGGAAUAGGCCUAUAUUACUGCCAAUGAGUUCAAAUAUGCUGCUCAAAUAUUCAGUGGAGUCUAGACGGUCAGCCUUCAUUUUAUCCUGCUCUGUGACCCUGUUAUUUUAGGUUCCUGUGGAGCUGCAUUUCAGCUUUAGACAUCAAGUCUGUUCUCUUACCGCGCUAUUCCGUUCUGUCUGGUUUGUCACUGAGUCAUUGCAAACAUGGACUGAUGCAAUCCGAAAUCUGACUGAUGCAGCCAACAGAAUGUUCUGGGGGGGGGCAUCAUGCAUAAAUGAACCACGACCGUGUUGCCUACUCAACUUGUUGCCUUUGUGUUGUGAUUGUGUGCUUUGUUUUUGUUACUUUGGAUUAAGUAAAGUUUAUCUGGAAAUA